AUGGAAGAUAAAGGAGUAAGUCCUAAUAUAAUCACAUACGGUAUCCUGAUUAAUGGUUUGUGCAAAGAUGGGAAACUUGAAGAUGCGAAAAAUAUUUUGAACGAACUUCCUUCCAAAGGGUUGCAACCUAAUAUUAAAAUAUAUGCUGUCAUUAUUCGUGCACUUUGUGAAGAAGGGUUUGUAGACGAGGCAAAAGAUGUGCUUAUAAAAAUGGAGAGAAGUGGUUGCGCACCGGAUAGCAUGACAUACAAUACCAUUAUUUGUUGCUUGUUGAAGAAGAAAGAGGUUUACAAGGCACUGCCACUCUUAGAGGAAAUCCACAAAAGGGGAUUUUCGGCCGACGCAUCUACUUUGUCCAUGUUAAUUAGUUACCUGCAAGAAUUUGAGGAAGAUAAUAAUCUGAUGGAAAUUAUUAAGAAAGUUGUACCAAAAAUAUAA